AUGAACAAGGAUAAAUCUAGCAUGAAUCUACCUACUGGGGGCAUGGGUCCACAAUACGAGACUUUUCGUAAGGGAGUUGUAGCUGAGCGUAAUCAAGCCUCGAUUGUGGGGAAGGAUGACUGUGAGAAGGAAUUGCCCACAGGGAACGCUUCAUUCAUGGACACGGAUGAAUGUGGGAAGUAUUUAAUUACUGGAGGCGCUUUGGUCAUGGACACUGAUGAUGGCGGAAAGCACUUAAAAACUAGGGACGCUCCAGUAAUGGGCAAAGAUGACUGUGGAGAGAAACUACUUACUGAAGACGGAGGUUUGUAG